CCGCAUUCGACUCAAGUCCUGUCUGUUUCAUCUGUAGUCUACAAAGCAAAGACAUCACAAAGCUCAAAAUGGCAUUCGCAAGUGUAGGACUGAAGGAUGGCGACAUCGCCAAAGCCCUGGAAGGGUGCAAAGCCGCCGAAUCAUUCAACCACAAGACGUUCUUCCACACAUGCGGUCUGGCUGGCAAGUCUGCCGCUGAGGUCAAGAAGGCCUUCGGCAUCGUUGACCAGGACAACAGUGGCUUCAUUGAGGAGGAGGAGCUGAAGCUGUUCCUGCAGACAUUCAAGGCAGGUGCACGCGCACUGUCGGAUGCCGAGACCAAGAUAUUCCUGAAGGCCGGCGACUCCGAUGGUGACGGCAAGAUUGGAGCUGAAGAGUUCGCUGCCAUGGUUAAACAAUAAAGUGUCAACCGACCAACAACACCUGCUCUGAUGGAACCACAAAGCCCACGCCGACCUCCCCCCAUUUUCAUCUGAUAUAAAUAAUUUUUAUACAUUUGCUUAAGAGACGUUUCCUCCUAUGCAACACAUUGUCCAAAAAUGAUGAUUGUGAAUGUCGCUCGGCUGUGUUCAUGUCUUAAAGAUGAAUUUUGCUUACUGUAAAAUCUAUGAUGCACUUUCCAGGUACAAAAGGUUAAAAAAAAAAAAAAAAGAAUAAAUAUUCUUUUCUGCGGUCUUA